GUCCACGUAUAUAUGUAUAUAUAUAGUCAUCUAAUAGGCUUGUGUAUACACCACAGACUUCAAUCUGUAUCACGUUUAGUUCUCCAAUAAAAACAAUAGUGAUUUUGUUAGUGUAAAAUGGCUGAUAUUCUGGAUAUUUUGGACAUUGAGCAUCCAGCGGCGUCUGAAGUGAGUCGGGACAGUAUCAUCCACGGAGAUAAAGCUAAGAAGAAGUAUGUAACCGCUAAGGCCGUGAAGAGGCCCGAGGGUAUGCACAGGGAAGUUUUUGCUCUUCUCUAUAAUGACAACAAUGAUUUGCCACCACUUCUUCCCACAGAUACUGGCAAAGCAUAUAAGCAGACAAAAGCAAAGCUGGGUAUGCGUAAAGUGAGAAAAUGGGUAUGGGCACCAUUCACAAACCCUGCACGCAAAGACAAUGCCGUCUUCUAUCACUGGAAGAGAGCUUCAGAUGAGGCCAAAGAGUAUCCUUUUGCUCAAUUCAACAAGCAAGUAUCAAUACCAUCUUACUCAGAAUCAGAGUAUAAUCAAUUCCUGAAGUCAGAAGACUGGAGUCAGGCUGAGACAGAUCACUUGAUGGACCUUUGCCAGAGAUUUGACCUGCGGUUCAUUGUCAUACAUGACCGAUGGGACCGGGCUGCUUUUAGAGACCGCAGUGUUGAGGAUCUUAAAGAGAGAUAUUAUAAUAUCUGUGGUAUAUUAAGCAAGGUAAAAACAAAUCCAUGGUCAAAUACUGUGACCAUGGUCAAUGGAGAAAAACGGAUUUAUCAGUACGACGCCGAACAUGAGCGGAAGCGGAAGGAUCAACUGAAAAGACUGUUUGACAGAACCCAAGAACAGAUUGACGAAGAACAAAUGCUUCUCUCCGAAUUGAAGAAGAUUGAAGCAAGAAAACGAGAAAGGGAAAGGAAAACUCAAGAUCUACAAAAGUUGAUUUCAAGAGCCGACAGUGGUAAUAUUCACCCUGUUGCUCAAGUGAAUGUAACAGAAAGUGCCAACACUCCUAACACUGCCGCUAACAUUGCAAGGAGACAUGAUAGGAAGCUGCAUAAGAAGAAGCUUUCAUCUCAACAGAGGCCUAUAAGAGCAGUAGAGAGUGUGACUGUAGAAUGGUCAGGCAUAAAAUUCCCGGAAGCGCGCGGCACCGGCGUAUGGCUAAGGUCGCAGCGCAUGAAAUUGCCGCCCGGCGUCGGACAACGCAAAACUAAAGCUAUUGAACAGGAGCUACGGACUAUGAAUAUUGACAUUGCGCCAACGCCGACGGAAGAAAUCUGCAAGCACUUCAAUGAACUCCGAUCAGACCUAGCACUGGCGCUUGAUCUCAAAAACGCUCUCACUGCCUGCGAGUUCGACCUGCAAGCCCUGCGACAUCAAUACGAGGCACUGAACCCAGGAAAGACCCUGACAAUACCCCCGUCAAUAUGUAGUACAUCAAAUGACAGUGAAGCAAAACCCACAGGGGGAGAGAUCAUUGACGUUGUUGGCUCUCCAAGUGCUCAUAAUACCACUAUCUAGCAUUGAUUAUGUUAUUCAGAUAGCCCUAUUAUUAUAGCAACUCA